GGGAAGCAGAGGUCAAGGUAGAGUAAACAAAGUUGAAAAUGUCGAUCAGGAGACUUACUGUAAAAGCGUCGAGUUGUUUUGACGCAGGUUACCAAAUUGGAAAACACUUCAAGAGUUCAUACGAGUAUAUGUUUCAGACUAAGGCAUCCAAGGUUCUUAAAUCGUUCUACGAUACGGAGGAAGGAAAAACGUUUGUAGAUAGUUGUGUGUCGGAAUCCGAAAAAUGUUAUCCGGGUAUCAUGCAAGAAAUUCGCGGUGUUUCGGAAGGAAGUGGUCUUCCUUUGGAGAAUUUCUUGCUUCAUUCAGUUUCGUCGGAAAUAUGGCUGCAUUACAGACCUGAAGGACCUUUAGAAGGUGUUUCGGACACGGGGCAACGCUGCACAGACAUCCAGGUGAACACGCCCGAGUGUCGAAUGAUGUCACACAACGAAGACUGGAUCAAGGACUUGGCUGGCAAAUGUUUUGUUGUUGACGUCACCAUAAACAAGAAUGACGUCACUCAGGACCUCGAUGCGUCUACUGGGAAAUUUGAUGACGUCAGUACGUCACUUACUGAAAUACAACGUACCAUUUUUCAGCGAAACGAGCGAUUUGUUUCUUACGUCACGCCUGGCGAUCUGCCGGGUUUCAAUUAUGCUAUGAAUAAGAAUUUCGUCAUCACGAUAAACAGCCAGAUGCCUUUGCAGAUGAACACGGGAGCGGUUCCAAUCAUGGUGCUUUUGCGAGUGCUUCUAGCGUGCGAUACUAUAGAUGAGAUUGUGGCAGUGAUGAAGAACGAGCCAGUGGGAAGUUGUUACGGUAUCAACGUCAACAUCGCCAGUAUCCACACCGACGACAUGUGGUCGCUGGAGGUGUACACAUUCAAGGAUGGAUCAUCGGUUCUCCUGACCCACUUACCGAUGCAGCCAACCGGAAGUCCACACUACGUGCACGCAAACCAGUACAAGUACUUCCAGGGGGGCAAACAAGAGCAUUACCAGCACUCAAUCGACCGCGCUCGAGUCGCCGAAUCACUUCCGCCACCCACGGAUAUGGCGGGAAUCUGUGCUAUCCUAGGCGAUUCUUCACAUCCGGAACAUCCCAUCUACCGCGUACCCACACUGGCGAGAAGCGCUACUCUGACAACGGCGGUGUUUGACUUCCACCGGAAAGAAAUGCACGUGUUCAAUGCAAACCCAAAAACUAACAAGCCGCUGUUCGUGGUACCGUUUCUGGAGUAACGUUUAAUGAAAACAGAGUCAGGCCUUUACUGAUGUAAAAACGGGUCCGUUUUAUUCCCAACGCAAAAUGGUGAAACAAAAAAAUCCUAAUUUGAAGAAAAAAAAUCCCCUAUAACAAAAAAUAAAUAAAAUAAGUGUCUACCGAUUAUUAUUUCUCAAUUUUAUUUCAAUAACAUCUAACGAAGAACUAUAAUUUACAUUUUCUUUCUUAUUUUGUAAAUUAUUAUAUAGAGCUUUAUUAAAUUAGUUUUUCCGAAAUCAGUACACUUUGCGUGGAAAAAAAUCCCAAUUACAAAAUUGCAUUUUUCCCAAAAUAUCCAGGAAAAAGCCUGAGGAUCUCAUAUAUAUAAAAUGAGGUUGUAUAAUUUGUUCUAAUUUGUGCAAUUUUGUGGUAAAUGUUGUGGUUGUUGCAUUUCAUAUUGCAAUCUGUCUUAAUUUGAAUGUGUUUUCACUAAAUGAUUGAAUGUAUUGUCACUAAAUGAUUGAGUGUAUUUUCACUCAAUGAUUAAAUGUAUUUUCACUAAAUGAUUGAGUGUAUUUUCACUAAAUGAAUGAGUGAAUUUUCACUAAAUGAUUGAGCGUAUUUUCACUAAAUGAUUGAGUGUAUUUUCACUAAAUGAUUGAAUGUAUUUUCACUAUAUGAUUUAAUGUAUUAUCACUAAAUGAAUAAAUGUAUUUUAAUAAAUGAUUAAAUGUAUUUUCAAUAAAUGAUUGAGUGUAUUUUCAAUGAAUGAUUGAACUAAGAUUUGAUAUGGUAUAUACUCAGAAAAUUCUACUUUAGUAUCCCAUCCUAGUCAAUGGUUAAAGUUUAAAGAGUUUUGGGUUUUUUGCUUUUUGCUUGUUAAUAAUUCAAAUAUUUUUUUAUAUAUUUAUAUAUUUUUUUUUUUACUUCUCAAUCAAUGCAUUCCAAAUGUAAAUAAUUUAAUAUUAUUCGCAGUUCAGGGGAAUUUGUUAAGUUGUUCAUUCGUAAAGAGUAAUAAGGAUUGAAAUACAGAUUAAAUAUAUACACGAGUUGAA